UUGGCUCAGGGGUGCUCACAUGAAACGCCCCCGUCACUCCACAUGACCGGAUACUUGUCAGACCGCGCUCCAGGCGCACUGCAGUGCGUGUCAAGAAAAAGAUGAACCGCGCCGUUGUCACUCGGCCUGCGUGCAUCGUCGUGACAGCAUGCUGCUUGCAAGGGCUCCUUCCGUGCCGAGCGCAGGGUCCCAUCUUCGACGGUAGCGCGCUGUUCCAGGCAGGCGCGGUCGUCGACCGCGCAGCCGUCAGCCUCGUCCCUGGCGGCCAGCCGGCCAUCGGCGCCGUGGCCUCUGGCGGCGAGCGCCGCGAGAACGCGACGGCGGACGCCCAGACGGCGGCGGCCGCGCAGACGGCGACGGCCCCCCUGGGCGAGCGGGGGGUGCCUCCGCUCCCGGUGACCGAGCUCACAGGCUGGGGCCGCCUGUGCCAGUUGAUGCCCGUAGUGGUAGUCGUGGCCCUCAGUUUCGACAAGCUGCACCAGAGCUUCGUGAGGAACGCCACCAGCAUGUCCGCGCGCAGCAUCGUCGAGAUCGCAGCCUGUCUGGCCCUGUACUGCGUCUCCGGCCCGGCGAUCAUCCUCCUGAACAAACACAUCAUGACGACCCACAAGUUCCAUUUCCCGAUACUUCUUGCCAGCCUGGGGAAUGUCUUCCUCAUGAUUGUGACCCGCGCCGCUGUAGCAUUCGGGUGGAAGAAGCUCGAGGUCGAGCACCUCUCUUGGGAUAGGUACCUGGCUGUCGUUGUCCCCAUCAACAUAUCAAACUUUCUCGCUCAGGCAUUGGGUAUGUAUGCAUUCCUGUUCAUCUCGGUCCCGGAGAUCCAGAUCCUGAAGAGCACGACAAUCGUGAUGGUAUUGUUCCUCGCUUGGCUGCUCGUCAACGAGAGGGUGGGCACGAUGCUGAUCGGUUCGGUCCUGGUGAUCACCAUCGGCGUCUGCGUGUCGGCCGUCGACGGCGUUUCGAAGGUCGGCGGCGGCAGCGUCUCGCACACCCUCAUCGGCGUAAGCGUGAUGAUUCUGUCUUGCGUUUUCGAGGCCGCCAAGACCGUCAUCAGCCAGGUUUUGGUCGACAAGAUGUCGCUCUUCGACGGAAUCUACCACUCCAGCCCCACGUUUGUGCUCAUCGCCAUGGCCUUCGUGGGCUGCAUGGAGGCCAAUAAGAUCUACCACUACGACUUCAACCGCAUGGUCGUUGGGCUACUGGUCGCCAACGCACUGACCACGGGCGUCAUCGUGCUCUCCAGCUUCUGGUUCGUGAAGUUGGCUGGGGCACUCACGCUGAAGGUCGUGAACCAGGCGCGCUCCAUCGGCCUCAUCCUGUGUUCGGUGUUCUUCUUCGGGGAGUUCUGCAGCGGUCAGCAAUACGUAGGCUACGCGCUGACCUUGGUGGGCAUGGGCAUGUUCGACUACGCGAAGCAGGUUCUCGACGGGAAGGCGUCCGAGGCCAGGUCCAAGGGUCCCAGCCAGCGGGGAGAGGCGAUGAAGGGGGAGACGCAGAGCAGGUCCUAGCCGCGGGAGCCGCCAGGCAAAGGCACUACUUCAUCAAAUGACGCUCACGCUGCGGUGGUGUGCCCGAUGCUGCCUCCUCUCUCCUCUUGCCCUCCUCCUCUUUCCCUCCUCUUUCCCUCCUCUUUUCCUCCUCCUCCUCCGCCUCCUCCUCCUCCUCCUCCCGCGCCCACCGCUGAGUCGCGCCUUUGAUUUUUGAGCGGGUCAAUGGAACAACUUGGGCACAUCUCGUCACGUGGAGUGAUUCUUCGCACAUCGGACAGGGUUGUGCUCCCUCAUUUGCAUGGGUGGGUUUUCUUGCAAUCAGAUACGUUGCUCACCAGCACCCUUCUCUAAGCGCCAGAGC